AUGAAUCUAUUAGAAACAUUCAAGACCAUGAAGUUGGACAUGGGACAACUUCUGUGGUUAUUAUAUCAAUCAAGUGAUCCAGCAGAUAAUGAUGCACGGAAAGAUAAAGGCACUGUAACCAUUGUGGCCUCUCACCACAUACAAAAUGUAGACUUACAUGAAGGUGAAUGGGGUGAUCAUGGAUCUGUCAAGGCCUGGACUUGUGUUGUUGGUAAGAUGAAGAGAACAAAACUAGUCCAUUUGACAGCAUUGGAGGGAAUAGAUUGCUUGGAGUUCUAUAAGAGUUAUAACCUCAUCUUUCAUAUCAUUCCCAAGGGAGAGACCAAAGUGGUGAAAAUUACAAUAGAGUAUGAGAAACAAAAUAAGGAUGUCCCUGAUCCACAGAAAUAUCUGAACUACUUGAUUAAUCUCUUUAAAGAUGUUGAUUCUAAGCUUGUCCAAGCUUAAUGCUAUGGCUAUAUAUGGAUAAUGGUUAUAGUAUGACACCAUAUAAUAAGAGCUGGAGAGCUCUAAUGUUGAUGCUUCCUAGUUUCAUGCUUAUGACACUACAAAAAAUUUAGGUUUUAGGGACUAAAAUUUAGGGACACAGUGUGGUUUGUCUGGAUCUAAAAUUUAGAGAUUAAAGAAAAUAACACCGCUGCUUUCACAUUCCCAAACAUGGGUAAGUUUUUUCUCCAUCAUAUAUGCUUUUGGCAGUAUUUAAUUCUUCUUCGUAAAAAUUGCUUUAUUUGUUUACUUGUCUCCACUUAUGGGCCUCUUUAAUG